AUGCGGAGACUGGGCCUGAGCCCCUCGGAGCACUCCGAGAAGGUGGCAGGUCCCUGGGCUCCUUCCCUCUACGACUCCUGGGAGCUGCACCAGACCUUAAGAUCCGACGCCUGCGAGGGAGUGUCCCAUCUUGCUGCGGAUGCUGCGGGCCAGCACGUCCAGGUUGGCGCGACGUCGAGUGCUGCCGAGGCCACAGAACCGAG